UGACUGAGUUAGUUGAAUUGGAUGAGUGCAUAAUGCGUUGGGUAGGAUUUGCCCAAAAAGUGUUUAUUAGUUUUCUUUUAUUAGUAGUGAUUUGCUUUUACGAAAAUAGAGCUCUACCCAAUACUGCGAAUCAAAGUUACUGUCUGUCAGAUGCCUAUAACACUUCUAAAAUGUGUUCUGUAAGAGGGUCAUUAUUAAGUCAAUCAAUUUGGAAUCACUACACCGGAUUUUUCUGCUACAACUACACAAAUGAUGCAAGAUUUAACAAAAAAUUAAAAUACAACCUGAAUUUUUCAUUCAAUUGCAAAGGAUAUACCUUGAAAUUACCAGUGGCUAUUGUUAACGAAAGCACAAUCGCUAUGUAUGACUACGGAGAUUCCGAAUCAGUGAAUUUAUUGAAAAAUUCAUUCAAAACAGAGAAAAUGUUUGAUAAUUAUCUUAAAUGCUGCAGAGAUGCUGAAUAUUGCUGUGCGAAUUCAAUGAACGAUGAAAAUUUAGCUCUCAGUACUACCUAUUGUCCAGUAGUUUGGGACGCUUGGUCAUGUUUUCCUAGAACACCUGUAAAUACAGUAGCGGCUCUACCUUGUAGCAGCCAAGCUUACCAAUCUCCUGAUAAGGUGUGCACCUUAGAAAGCAAAAAAGAAUGUAUUUGGAACGGAACCCUAGCUCUAUGGAAUCAACAGACAAAUUAUACAGCUUGCGCCAUAGCUCCUGUAUAUUUACGACGUUACAACUACCAUGUGGUAGCGCUCAUUGUCUGUAUAGCUUGGUCCCUACCAGCAAUAAUUAUAUUCUUGAGUAUUCCUACCUUUAGAGAAACAACUAGAGUGAUACUUCAUCGAAAUCUUUUGAUAGCGAUUGUUGUGAGAAAUAUACUAACAAUUACAUCAAGAAAAACUAUUAUAAUUGAUGCCCUAUUAUCACCAUCUCUAAGCAAUCAUUUGAUGGAAAAAAAUACAGUGCUGUGCAGAAUAUUGUCAUUUUUUGGAAGUGCUGCAACUAGUUCAACGUAUGCUUGUAUGUUGGUUGAUGGUUACUACUUACAUAAAAUGAUUGUGAGGACUUUUGCUAAGGAACCUCAAGUGAUCAAUUUAUAUAUUGUGGUUGCAGUCCUGACAUUCCUUCCAUCUUUGAUAUGGGCCACAAUAGUAGGAGUCAACGAACGUACGUCAUGCUGGACAGUUGAUUCACACGGAGAGCAAUGGGCUGUUGAUAGUUUUCGAGUGAUAAUUUUAUUGAUAAACACAUUUUUGUUGCUCGAUAUUAUCAGGGUAAUGAUAUCAAAAAUGAAACAAGGCGGGACGACAAGACAAACAAAGGCAGCUUUUAGGGCUACUUUGUUCCUGAUUCCAUUAUUUGGGCUUCAUAUUUUCAUAACGGCCAAAAAAGUUGUAAUAAAUGAUACUUGCGUAGCGGAAGAUAUUUAUGAUUAUUUUCGCUAUACCAUGGAAGCUAGUCAAGGCGUUUUUGUAGCUCUUCUUUUUUGCUACGCAAACACGGAGGUUCACAAUGAACUUAAAAACGCAUUUAGAAAACUUUCCAUUCACUUAAAUCAAAGAUAUGGAUGGAAUAUUGGACCCAAAACAAAAUCUAGAAGAAGGACAACGACUGCUACCUAUGUACAAUCCAGAGAUUCCAGAAGUGACUUUUAACCUUUUAACUUUUUUUAUUUAUUAAAAUUGGAAUAUCAAAUUUUUGAAUAAAAAAAUGAGAAAAAAAAUUGUGUGUAGGCAGAGUUGUUAUAUACAGAGUGAGUCCGAAAUAAGUGCGCAUUUUGUUAUGAUAGAUAGAGUACAGUAGGACAAUCACUUUUUGCAUAGGUACAUAUGUCCGCAAAC